UAGUCUACAGAGUACUUUUCUUUACUGUUUGCCAGUAGCCGUGCCGAGGGCCUGGCGGUGUUCGCUUACGUUGUGGCGGAUCUGUUUCGCUGGAAAUUUCACCGUGUCGUCCGACGCGUACCAAAUUUCCGUGAAAUAGAACGAACGUGACCGGAUUGUCUAUAUAGGUUUGUAAGAUGUUACGCCACCAACAUCACACAAUGCAAAAUCAGCUUCGAGAUCAUAAUAGGAUGGCAGGACCGAUGCGGCCUAUGCAACAGACUAAUAUGCCCCAGCUACAUCAGCCACAGCAUUUGCUGCCGCAUCGCAAUCCACAUCAACAGAUAUUGUCUAUGGCCCCACAUCAACAGCAUAUGCAUCACAUGCAGCACCCUGGUCCCUCACAUGGAAAUCCGAGACAGCCAAUGAUGAUGAGCAUGAAUGCGCACAAUACAAGUAAUACCAUGGUUAGCGUUAGCAUGAAAGAUCAAGCAAAUACAGUCUCUGUGACUCUUCAGAACGUGCAGCAGCCUCAAUAUCAGCAUCAACCGCAACAGCAGCAUCAGCAACCGAACAAUCAGCAGAAUCAACCUACUCAGCAGCAGCAGUCGCAGCAACAGCAGCAACAAUUACAGCAAUCGCAGUCGCAACAACAACAAUCGCAACACGUGUCGCAACAACCAAACAUGGAACAACCAAAAGCGGUAACAAACGAUGUCAACGGAGAGUCGAGAGACGAGAAUUCGUCAAAUCAGAAUCAUGCCAACACGACUAAUCCAGCUUUGGCAAACAUGAAAGAAAAAACACCUAUGUGUUUAUUGAACGAGUUGGCGAGAUUCAAUAGAAUUCAGCAUCAAUAUAGACUGACCAACGAACAGGGACCGGCGCACAAAAAGAGAUUCACGGUGACGCUGAAACUCGGCGAAGAGGAAUACGUCGCGGAAGGUCCCAGCAUAAAGAAGGCACAACAUAGCGCAGCGACCGAAGCGUUAACAAAGACUUGGUACCGUCAGCCUCCGCCUAAACCGACUAAGGCUAUGAGAAUCGGGCAUCUGGGCAAAUGUCCAACGGGUUCUGGACAUUUACCACCCACCGUCGAAUUGAACGCACUAGCGAUGAAACGAGGCGAACCGACUGUUUAUUCAUUUCGACAAGCUCCACCGGCCGCAUUGCAGCAUCAAUUUAUGCCGCACGGUUUUGGUAACUUUCCGCGCAUGUACAAUCCACGACUCACGUAUAAUCGCGGGGUUCACACGGAUCUUCAAGGACUGUAUCUCGUCACUUUGAGGGUCGGCGAACGUGAGUUCACGGGUAGAGGCUUGACCGGGCAGGCGGCACGCCAUGAUGCGGCCAGUAGAGCUUUGGAGCAACUGCGUCAGUUGCCGCUUCCGGAAGAGGUCACGAGUGUCAAUAAUGCUACCGAGAACGGUGCGCUGAGCGGUAUCGACGAUCCGAACGCCGAGUUGAAGAGUCCGGUGUCUCUGGUUCACGAGACUGCUCUGAAGCGCGGAUUGCCGGUCAGCUUUGAAGUGAUAUCCGAGAGCGGUAAACCUCAUAUAAGAACCUUCAUGACGAGAUGCACCGUCGGCGACAAGGUCACUAUGGGAGAAGGAUCUUCGAAAAAAGUGUCGAAGAAACGAGCUGCCGAGUUAAUGUUAGAAGAACUGAAGCGUCUUCCUCCAUUACCUGCCACCAUACAGAAUCGAUCGAUGCGGGUGAAGCGUAAACCACCGGCGACGAAGAAGAAAUCCCGUAAUUUAAUCAAAGUUUAUCAGGAGCCUCGUUCGGAAAGCGAAGCGUCGGAGGAAGUCAAUCCGGUUUCUCGAUUAGUUCAAAUUCAGCAGGCCAAACGGGAGAGAGAGCCGAUUUACAAUCUGAUAGACGAGAAGGGCGCGCCGAGACGCAGAGAAUUCGUUAUGGAGGUGACGAUGGGCCAGCACUCCGCGCAAGGAAUCGGACCUAACAAGAAAUUGGCGAAAAGAGCCGCGGCCGAGGCUCUUUUGGCGCAUUUAGGAUACAGCAAGCCGUCGCCGCAACCCGCUAAACCGUCCAUAAAGACGGGCGAGAGCGAGAACACGGAAUCAAAACCCAGAAAAGUAACGUUUCUCGAGGACGAACAAGUGAACGACACUCAAUCUCAUUCGGUAGGAGGCACCAUAGGUCGCCAGUUGGUACCUGGCCUCUUGCUGGUUGACGGAGGUCAAGAAUCUAAACUGGGAAACGGACCCAGCGUACAAAUAGUCGCUGAAGAGUUGCGCGGACAACAACAGAAUACAGCCGGUGUUUCGCCCAGGGAUCAAUUGCACUAUUUAUCUCAGUUAUUUCAUUUCAGCGUAGAGUUCAGCGAUUUCCCCAAGGGGGUGUCUAUGAACAAGGAAUAUCUAUCACUCGUGUCGCUAAGCACAGAUCCACCGCAAGUUUGUCACGGUAAUGGAGCGACAAUAGCUCAGAGCCGCGAUCAGGCGGCGUUAAGGGCGCUUCGUACUCUCAGUAAAUUAGGACUCGACAAUGCCUCGAAUGCUGCGCAAGUGAAGAAAGACAAAGGUGCGUCAGGUGAUGGAAUCCACAUUAGCAUUCAGGUUAAAAAUAACAUUAUGGACGGAGCUAUUGAUAAGUAACUGAAUAGCACUUAAGACUCUUAUUACAUAUAUGAUGUUGAGUUAUAUUAAUGUUUCUUUAAGACACUGCGGAAGAAGGUUGAUUAAGCUUUCUCAUAAAUCGUUUCUUUACAAGAAUGGAUGAAAAAUUGAUUACAAUUGUCAUUUCCAUAUAUUGACAAAUAUAUUAAUGUUUUAUAUAAAUUUUUAUACAUCUUGUCAAAUUCUAAUUUUUUUAUAUUUAAUUUUUAUCUAUGCUGCUAUACAUAAUAAUUUGGCUGUAUUUGUAAUUGUAAAAAUUUGCACUUGUCUAUCUUAAAGAAGAUCUUGUGAGAAAUUUCCGAGAUAUCUAAUGAGAUAUUUAAACAAAAUGUGCUACGAUUUAGAUGUAUUCAUCUUUUGUGCGUUCAUCGCUUGCUUUAUUUAAAUAAAAAAUUAGACGGUGAUCAAUUUUAAUCAAUUUAUAUACAAUCCUUCAAGUUCAUUAUCGACAUAUAUACAAGAUUCUCCUAAUCUUUUGCAGUGUCUUAAUUACAUUGAAACGCCGUUCAAGCACCAAUAAGCGAUACGUAUUUAGUAAUUUUUUCAUCGUGUGAAAAUUCUUUCGCUUAAAGAAUGAAAACUCUGAUUAGUCGCGCUAGGAGAUUGCCGAAUAAUUUUAAACAUCUAUGACUGUCAGAAAUCUAUUAUCGACACAAUGUAAAAUUAACGAUGAAAUUGUUGAAUUUCGGAGAAUUAUUAUUGGUGCUUGAUCGUGAUUGUGACCCUAGCAGUGACAACUAUAAUUGCUAUAUUUAUUGUGACACUUUCAUUGAUGGGAUCACAAUCGCAAAACAUUUAUCCACGAUAAUUCAAAAUGGUCAUUCUCCACGAUAAUAAAAAUUGGUCUAUGAUCAUGUGAACACACUAUACAUAAAUUAUACGACCUGGAGAUGAAAUGCGACCAUCUCUUAAUUUCUCAAUUGAAUUCCUUGGCUUUCUCAUCGUCAUCGUCGUCAUUAUCAUCAUGAAUCAUCAUGAAUAAAGAAUUAUGUCUUAUUACCUAAUACUAAUGCACGAAUUAAGAAUUGUAAUAGUUUUUAUUUUUUUUUUUUUUUGUAUUUGUUUGCUCUCGACUAUCUCUGAAAUCGAUUAUAUUGUAUUGCAUUUCUUUUGUUCCAUAUAUUGAACAAAAAUAAGUUAAAAGCUUUGAUUUCUCUUAAAUCGCAUAAUCGUUGAUUAAAGUAACAUCCUUUUCAAAGCGAAUUCUGGUUACGUGCGUCAGAGACACACAUGUUGAUUGAACCGUUUGUGUGUGAAAGAUUAAAUAUUAGCUAAUAUUUAAAUUGGUAAAAUAGGUAAUGCGAUAUACAUUGUCCAAAAAGUCCCAAUUUGCUUUUCUACGGGGCCAGAAGCAUUUUGGGCUUGCACAUUCAUGUAAAAUCGUAAAAUAUUGAGAAAUGAAGGAAAAACAGAAAUUUCUAUACAUCUAUCGUUCGGAGGUAAUGAUAGAUAGUAUCGGAAAUUUCGGUAAAUUUAGAAAGAAAAGGAAGGAGGUAAUAAUUUAAGAUUUGUCCCAUUGCGUCAAAACCAUUACAAAAUUAUUUUAUUCUCAUUAAAGGAAAAUCCUGAAUCGCGAAUUUUGUCUGGUUGAGAAGCGAAGGGAAUAGAAAUUUCCGUACAUCUAUCGUUUCGUAAAUGGACAGUGACGAUACGUUGUAUCGGAAAUUUUGAUAAAUCUAAAGAGAAAAAAAAAACAAGACAAGAAGGUAAUAAUUCAAAAUUUGUUCCGUUGUGUCGAGACUAUUGUAUAAUUGUUUUAAUUUUGCUAAGAAAUAAUCUUGAAACAACGGUGAAUUUUGCAUUGCUGCCGAAAACAAGUAAGAAUACUAGAGUGGAAAAAAUUCAAUAAUGGAUGAAGAGAAACAUUGAGAAACGGUACGAACUCUGAAUAUUCAUCGAGUUUUACUUCCAGAAUAAAAUAGUUUCGUGUACUUUGUACGCUAGUAGACACAAAAUGUGCAGAACAACGCCUUUUCGUUGGCAGCGUAACGAGCGGAGCUUUGUACCGACUUUCUCAACCAAACUGUUUUCUAUUCAUUUAUAUCGCAUACGAUUUAUUGAACAACAAAUACAAGCGACUAGUAAAUUGUAUUAUUGUUCAUUAAAUCCGCAUAUUAACUUGAUAAUGCCCGAUGCUCGGUAUAUUGAAAAUUUGUAAUGAUCGUUCGCGACUCGAUUCAUUUGUCGAAAUUACACAUCCGCGAAUUGUAUGCAGUUAAUUAAAAGUUAAUUGACUCGAAGAUUGAUCGAAAGAUAUACUUCCUGAAAAUUUAUUUAUUGAUUCUUGGAAACUCUAGUUGGGUCUUUUUUGCCUGAUACUGAUCGCGCGCUUGCAUAAGUGCGCCUUGUUCAUGUGACAUUCAGUAUUAUGAGAUACAGUGGUAGAUUCCAUUAUAUAUACACACAUAUAGUUUUUCAAGAGCUGAACAGAAAGAGAAGAAACAAAUUGAACGCAUCUGGUGUUGCACAUGCUGCAAGAAAAACAACUUUCAUGCGCGUAAACUGUAAUGCCAUAUAAUUAAUAUUCACGAUAGAUAAGCGAAAUGAUGUAACAAUUUACCGAGGUAUUGGAAACGAAAUCCUGUAACACUUUGAGGAGAGCCCGCUUGCGUUUCGUAAAACCUGAACGUAGGCGCAUUGGUGGUCCGCAAAGUAUUAAGGAAACACAAGUCGAUGUAUCGGCGCUAGUUAGACAAAAAGAAAUAUUAAUUUCAUGCAUUCUGGUAUUUUGUUUCAAUACAGUCACACAUAUACAAACGCUACGAAAAACAUUUGCUUACCCUCGAUUAGAAUUAGGAAGAUUGUGUAAUCAUUAUUCAUUCGAUAUCUUAAAAGUUGCUACUUCACUUUUGUAAAAUAUAUUAUACUUUUCACUUACAAUUAGUUGAUCAGAUAUCGAGCGCAGAAAAAAAAUGCACUCGAUGUAUCAUAAAUAGUUCAAUUACGUUAGAUUUAUGUCUAAACAAGUGAUUUGUUCAUACGCUGUAAUGUAUAUGCUGUAUAAAAUACAGUUGCGUAAUACGAGUCCUCAGCAGCCUUCUUGAAAAAAAUCAUUGCUUCUCGAACAAGUCGGAAAGAAAUCACACGACGAAGUUCUAAUUCGAAAAUUAUACGACGUAUAGGAAUCUACUGCUUCUCUCUAUUCGCAUCAGUUUGUAUUUGAGAAUGACAAACAAUUGUAGAAAGGUUUCACACAUAUGUAUAUGCCUUUUUACUAUGCGUUUCAAAUAUACGCAUGACAAGGUGGCACACGAAUCUUAGAAUACGUUUUACCCAUCCCUUUUAUUUACUCUUUUCAGAGACUCUCCUGUUUAAAUACAUUACCAUUUAUCGAGAA